AUAUCUUUUUCGCGAUUAAAGUUCCUGUAAGCAAGUUUCACAUUGUGUAAACUUUACAAUAUGGCGUCCUAAGAAACGAAAAGGUUGUCUUUAAAUAAAUGCAAAAAUAAACACCAUUAGUUCAUAAGAAGACACCAAUCUGACAUAGACAAUGAGUAAGCAGACUGUAAGGUUAAAGUAUGCCUGUGAUCAGGAUAAAUCCGUACUGAUCAAUAAUUUUGAGGCCCGUGGUUGGAUACCUGUAAGUCCAGAUGAUGACUGGAACUUUUACUGGGCAAAUGUACAGAGUAUUAGAAGUGUGUUUAGUGUAGAUAGUGGUUACAGAUUACAGGAUGAUCAAGUUAUCAAUCAUUUUCCAAAUCAUAUGGAACUGACUAGGAAAGAUUUGAUGGUAAAGAAUAUAAAGAGGUACAGGAAAGAAUUAGACAAAGAGAACAGUCCACUAACCGAGAGAGAUGAAAAUGGCAGAUUUGUUCAUCUAGACUUUAUACCACAGACUUACAUGCUGCCAGCAGACUAUAACCUUUUUGUAGAAGAAUUUAGAAAGAAUCCAAACACAACAUGGAUUAUGAAACCCUGCGGAAAAGCAAGAGGUAUUGGUAUUUUCUUGGUAAAUAAACUGUCACAGUUAAAGAAAUGGUCAAGAGAUAGUAAAACUAGCAAUUUUGUACCACCAACAUCAAAGGACACAUAUGUGAUAUCAAAGUAUAUAGAUAAUCCUCUCCUGAUUGGUGGAAAGAAAUUCGAUCUCAGAUUGUAUGUUCUCGUCACAUCUUUCCGACCACUAAAAUGUUACAUGUUCAAGCUUGGGUUUUGUCGGUUCUGUACUGUGAAAUACAACGCCAAUGUUAAUGAACUUGACAACAUGUUUGUACAUCUUACCAAUGUGUCUAUACAGAAAACAGGAGAUGAUUAUAAUGCAGUGCAUGGUGGGAAGUGGACAGUACAGAACCUACGACUGUAUUUAGAGAGCACUAGAGGAAAGGAUGUUACAGAUAAACUCUUCGAUGAAAUAGACUGGCAAAUUGUACACUCAUUAAAAGCUGUUUCUGGUGUUAUAUCAAAUGAUAGACAUUGCAUGGAAUGUUAUGGGUAUGAUAUUAUAAUAGAUGACAAUCUGAAACCAUGGUUGAUCGAGGUCAAUGCCUCCCCAUCUCUCACCAGCACAACUUCCAGUGAUAGAAUUAUGAAAUAUAAACUCAUGAAUGAUGUCAUCAACAUAGUUAUUCCCCCUGGAGAAGCCCCAGAUGUAAGAUGGAAUAAAACAGUUGCAAAAGAAAACUUAGGGAACUUCUAUGUGUUGUAUGAUGAAGAUCUUGCUCAGUCUGACCCAAUAACCCUUGACCCCAGGAACAAGCUGGGUCCCGGUGCUCUUGGCAUGAGAGGUGUUAGGGAACCAAAAGGUCGACCCUCUCCAGCAACCUGGAAAUGAUCAGACAUUUUCCAAUCUCUGUCUCUGAAGAUUGCAUUCUGUUAAAUGUGGGGACAAAGUUUUAAGAAAUUCAUGUAUAAAUGUCUAUGAACAAGUUCAAAAUCAUGGAAAUGAACUUUUUUGUUCAAGAUGAUUGCUGGAUAUGAGAGCUGAUCUGUGAUAUAAUUUUAUCAUUUAUACAUAAAAAACAUGAAAUCAUAGUUAUUUAAUUUAACAUUUGAAUUAAUUUUACAUUUGUAGGCUGUAUGAUAUAUUUUAUUGAAGGAUAAUUUCAUGCUGGACUUUACUUAAACAAUAUUACUUUUUACUGUAAGUGCAGAAUGACCAAUAGUGAAGCCAGCCAAGUUUCUUGCACACAUUUUGUGUAUUUCUAUAUUCCUAUUUGAAAAUGUCAACUUAAUAUGUGUGUAAAAUAUGUACAACUUGUUUAAGAAUAUUACAGGAAGCGGCUUUGUAUGUUAUGCAUUUUAUUUUCGAUUUAAUUGAUUAUGUAUAUAAAGUAAAAUGUAUAAUGUCAUCUAAUUACUGUAUAAAACUAGUCAGUACAAUACAAAACUGUACAAUAAAAAAUGAUACAAUAAAGUCCAGAAUAAUACAAUACAGUAAAGAAUAAUACAGUACAAUACAAAAUAAUCCAAAACAUUACAAUACAGUACAAUCAAAUACAAUACAGAAUAAUAAAGUACAAUACAUUAAGAACAAUACA